AUGCCUUUGAUAAUUCCAGUCGACCAGCUUGCCUGUCGUGAACGCGGCCAGGAUCCCCCCGACACCAAUAGGGAUGAAAACCAGACCGAUCUGGAUGUCGUUGAACCCGUAUUCGUCCCUGAAUGCGGCCGAAGCUCCAGUCGAUAUCGCAUAAAAACAAGCAAGGUUCAAUCCGGUUGCCACCAGAAUGACCAACGACGCAGGAUCAAACAGAAUCCACAAGGUCGCCAAGGGGUUCGGAAAUCGGAAUCGAUAAUUCUUCCUCAACUCGGCCUGUUCGGCGGCGUCAAACACAAGUCCCCGUUUGGCUCUGCGCUUGUGCCUGAUCACGUCCGUCAACGACGUAUUGAGUGGCGGCGGAGGAAUGGACCCGUCUCCCACGAUCUUGCGACACGUUUCCGGGAGGAACAAGAACAACGGGACCGUAAAGACUCCCGAGAAGAUGAGCAGGAACCAGAACAGCCAAUGCCACUCCAGAUUCUGACUGAUCAAUCCGCCGAUGAUGGGACUCAGCGUUGGCCCGAGGAGACCCCCGAGAGACGCAAAGGCGAUGUAGGCGCCGCGCUGCUCCGACGUGAUUGUGUCCCCGACCAGUCCGUUGGCCAGCGCAAUCGUGCCACUGCUCCCGGCACUCUGCAGGCAUCGCAGCCCGAGAAGCGCGGCGUAGCUAUUCUGCAAGCCCAGUCCGAGGUUGGCGCAGAUGUAGAUGGUGAAGCACAACAUGUACGCAGGCCGUCUGCCCAUGUUGUCGGCGAAGCCGGCAAUCACCAUGGGCGCCAGUCCUUGCAAUAUCAAAUACGUCGUGACCGUGAGAUUGACCUCCGAGUUCGAAACGUGCAGCGCCUUUGCGAUCGUCCCCAACGCAGGGAAGUAUAUCGAACUCGUCAGUGGAGAAAAGAAUCCAGCCAGAGAACCCGCAAGGAUGAUGAUCCUCUUCUCAUUCGUGCUGAAGACGGAGUACGGUUUCUCUUGCGUGGUGUUUCGGCCUGA